AUGGCUCUCGAGGAGCCUCCUCUACGUGGACAAGUUGUGAUGAGACUAGGCUCUUUUCUUCUGUUUGUCUUGCUUAGGCUCGAGUUGUCGUGUGCCAGUGCACCAAGUGGACCCUGGGAUGCCUUCAACCUCGCCCCAGAGUCCAAGACGGUGUAUCCAGCUGCAAUCCACUCCUCGCACGGCUCUGUCAAAAACUCAAAUCUACUCGUCAAAAACAAAGGAAAAGCAUCUCUAUCAACCAACGGCUCGUGGAUUGCUCUAGAUUUCGGUAUCGAAGUUGGGGGCCUGAUUUCUCUCAACUUGAACUCCAACCCAUCUCCAUCCUCGUUCUCCCUCUCGUUCACCGAGUCACCCACAUUCAUCCGCUCCUCCGCAUCGGACGACUCGUCCUUUCCCUCCGCGAAUACCACGUACGACGGUGUGCUGCAGGUGUCUGUACCCGCGCACGCAGGGUAUUGGGUGCAACCUGCAUCCUCUCUGCGUGGCGGGUUCAGGUACCUCACCGUCGUAUCCAACUCGGAAAAUGCUAUUACACUGUCGAAUGUAUCCUGUGCUAUCUCGUUCGUCCCGCACUUGGAGAAUAUGCGCGACUACGCGGGGUAUUUCUACGCCAAGGAUCCACAGUCAAAAGAUGAAGAUUUGUUAACGAAAAUUUGGUAUGCUGGUGCGUACACGGUGCAGACUAACACCGUAGCUCUGAACAGCGGCCGGCACGUUCCCUUUUCCCCAGCAGGAUCCUGGGCGAAUGACGCGACAUUAGGCGUUGCAGGGCCAAUCAUCGUCGACGGAGCUAAACGCGACCGUGCUGUGUGGCCUGGUGAUAUGGGUAUCGCUGUGCCCACGCAGUUCGUCUCGACGAACGAUCUGAUUCCGACGCGCAAUGCGCUGUCGACGAUGUUUGCUGCUAUCAACCCUAAAACGGGUGCGCUCCCUGAAUCUGGUCCGCCGCUUAGCCAGCAGGGAUCGGAUACGUACCAUGCAUGGACGCUCAUUGGGACGUAUAACUAUGUUUUGUUUUCUGGGGAUGUUGAGUGGUUGCAGGGUGUGUGGGCGAAUUAUACAAAGGCAGUAGCGUUUUUGGAGGGUAAAGUGGAUGGGACGGGGUUGAUGGAUGUGACAGGUUUGAGAGAUUGGGCGAGGCAGGGCGGGGGAGGGUAUAACGCCGAAGGGAACGCAAUUCUGUACAAGGUGCUCACCACCGCAUCAUCCCUCGCAUCCACCAUGUCCCUCCCCUCCCUCUCCUCCACCUACUUACAAAACGCAACCGCACUCAAAUCGGCAUUCAACAACGCGUUCUGGCUUCCUAGUAAAGGGAUGUAUCGUGAUAAUCAGACGACGACGCUGUGUCCGCAGGACGCGAAUUCGUUUGCGAUCUUGUUUAAUUUGACGGAGAGGGAGGAGCAGAAGAGGAUGGUUAGUGAUGGGUUGGUGGGGAAUUGGAAUGGGAUUGGGCCUGUUGCGCCUGAGUUGCCGGAUACGAUUAGUCCGUUUAUAAGUGGUUUUGAGAUACAAGCACAUUUUGAGGCAGGGAACGACGCGCGGGCGAUGGAGCUCAUUCGCCGUACUUGGGGAUACAUGUUGACCACUGAUCUGUCAGUGCAAAGCACAUUGCUGGAGGGAUUCACAGCGAAUGGAUCACUCGCAUAUCGAUACAACCACGGAUACAACGAUGAUCCAGCAUACACAUCACACAGUCACGGAUGGAGCUCGGGUCCCACUCCCGCGCUGACGUUCUAUGUCCUGGGAAUGACGCUCACGGAACUGCAAGGCAGGACUUGGGCGCUUGCACCCCAUUUUGGAGGUGGGCUGUGCGCUGCGGAGGGUGGUUUCCAGACGGGACUAGGGUGGUUUGGUGUCAAGUGGUCGGCUGUGUUUGGGGAGCAAGGAGAGUUGGAAAGUUUGAUGAUGAGUAUUGAGACACCGGAAGGGACGAAUGGGGUGGUUAUGCUUCCGAAAGGUAUUAAUGGAAGGAUUGCGGUGGAUGGGCCACGAGUAGAGAAUCUGAAUUUGCAGGAUAGUCGGGCGGUUACCUUGAGAUUGAUAGGAGGCAAGCACGAAAUCCAAGUACAUCCCGUCUAA